AUGGAUAAAAGCAGCUAUUUGAUCCAUGUCUGCACUGCAGGUUAUCUUUGCUGUGAUCAAUCACCUUACCGAAAAGUUAGUAUCGCACACGUAACAUUCUCAAGUACAAUGACAAUUGCAUACAGCAUGGCCGACAUAACUGGACGCCGCAGACGAGACUUCCCGUACUCGAGACCCGGCUCGAUGACUUUGUCAGAAGGGCGGGCGCAGAGUCUAAGUGGCAAAACAGAGGUUGGACGUAGUUUCAGCAGUCGCGACUCGGCUGAUCUUUCAGGAACAAUUCAUGAUCCUGAUGAACGACCUGCAAUUCGUCCGCAAGUUGUUUUUGCUGGUAGUCUUCGUGGAGGGAGUGGUCCUGGAUCACCGGGAACGGGAGAUGGUGAGAUUGAUUUAUCUGGCGUUGGGAGACCGGCUCAGGGUACAGGACAGUCGAGUUCCAAACCUGCGGAGACUGAGAAGGAUCCGAAUUUUAAGAUUCCUGCUCCGGCAAAAGCGAAACCACCACCAUUGGAUAUUUCGCAGUUCAAAAAUCCAGAUGGCACUUAUGAUAUGGCUAGAAUACAAGCUGUGGUAUCGACUCGAGUUCAGGCUGGAGUUCGAGAAACGCGAGCGGAGCGUCGGGCACAAAGAGCUCGGGGCUCCACGGCUCCUGUACCGGCUAUGAAACCCCUUGAUACUACACAAGCAACGACACCUUUGGGUAGGGCAGAGGAAGUUGACCCUUUGCAAAGUCCUUUGAAAGAUCCUUUGCAAGGUGAUAAAUGGGGCGGGCGAGGUAAACCACCACGAAGACCGAGAAGACCUCUCUUUCUCUCCCCUGAUCUCUCCCCUAUUGCUGAAAGAAGUUCAACGGGUAGUAAGAAGACGGAAAAUAUUGAAAGUCCAAAGAAAACUGGAGGUGGUGAAGACUUGGAGACAGGGGAGGUAGAUUCGCAAAAGGGAAAACAACCUACUGGGGAAGAAGACAAAGCAGACAGACCAGCGGCUGAGGAACUGGUAGCAGAUGAUGAGGGCAGUCUAUACGGUGCAUCUCCUCCAAGAUACCCUGUUCAAAAGCCUCUACCGCAUGAUUCGAAUAAUUCUCCAGGCCAAAGUGAAAAAUAUCGUAGAUGGGCUGCCGAACCUGCAGAAUCACCUACUUUCGAAGAAAAGUUUAAAGAAUGGGUAGACCGUGGUAGAAGCUCCGAAAGCAAAACUGCAGCUCAAGAGCUCGAAGCGUGGGCACAAAAUGAUCUGUAUGAUGCACGCGAAAAACAUCUGGCGUGGCUUUUUGAACAGAGAAGUGUAGCGAGUCGUCGGCUCAAAAUUGAAACCGAUCAGAGCAAAAUACUCCAAUUGCAAAACGUCAUCAUCCGGUGCACGCUUGGUAUCAAAGAAUCUAUUAGGUUAGAAGAAAGACGGCAAAAUCUCAAUACGUUAAGAAAUAAUGUGGAGUUGGAAACCAAUGUCCUUGUGAAACUCAGAUUACAAGAACUGCUUGAAGUAUUGGAAGCCGAAAUUGAACUUGAAGAAAAGGUCGAACUAGUAAAACUCCAAGUUCACAUGCGUCCGGAUUCCGUUUGGCAAAAAGCGAAGGAUAUGACGCCUGCCGAGCGAGCGGUGCUAGAGAUGCCGGCUGAACAUCAUUUCGCGGCACCUGCACAGCAACCGCCACCUGUGGUACUUCGAGAGUCUUUUGCUGAACAACUUCUGAGAGAUAAAUGGGAAAAAGAAGAUGCACCUGAAGAACUAGAAGAUCUUUUCGAUCAGAUUGGUGAAUUCUCCGAUUCGGAAGAUAGAGACAUCUACUGGGAAGCUUUUCAAGAUAUUCGUCGACCCAUUUUACUCCAGAGAAACAAGGAAUUGACGGAUCUGUGGAAAGAACAAGCGGAUGAGGUGAAAGCUGAUCGGCAGGAUGCUUGGCUGAAAUCGGAAGCUGAAGCCGAAGAAAAAUUAUUGAAAUUUCGCCAACUUGAUAAGCGAAAUAAGGAGGAAGAAGAGGCGAAGAAGCGUCAAUUUGCGGAUGCCCUCGCGGCGACGGUAGCAAAGAAGAAGAUUGAAGAUAUUGAAGUGGAUAAGACGAUUGAGGAUAUUGAGGGAGUACAUGAUGCGCAAAACGCGCCACCGGUGGUUGGGCAAAGAAAACGGAUGGAUCUUUCUGGACUCGUGGCCGCUCUUAGAGGCAAGGGAGUCGUUAUACCUGAACCAUCUACACAAGGUGAAAAGGAUUCGGGAAGAAAAGGUCUACUCAGUGUUCGCACAGCGCCUAAAGGAGCUGGAGAUGGUGGAGAAGCUGAGACGGCUGUCACCGUUAAUGUAUCUUUGGCUCCGAAAGAUUCCGCGGAAACAGAUCCUCGCACCAGUUCAACCGAAGAAGCAGAGAACAUAUCACUUCCCGAGCCGCGUCCUGGUUCACCCUUUAGACCUGAAAAAUCACUUUCGCCGAUUCAAGAACAGAGAUCAAGUCUUGCCUUUGAAACGGAUCGUGAGGUUGCAGAUUUCUUGGAAUAUUUGGCGAUGGUGAGAAAUAACGAGGAGGUAGUCAGGACAGGUGAAGGCGAACUCAUUGAUUCAGAGUCGAUGCGGGAAAAAGAAAAGAGUGUGAUGAAUCCUGGCCCGAUUGACCCAGCCGAAGAGGAGAAAAGUCAAAAGCGGAUUCAAGCCGCGAAGAAAAGAUUAGAAAAACUAGUUGCUAGACUUAUGAUGUCCAAAGAGGAGCUAAAGGCUCUUGAGGAGAAGGAGCGCCAGCAGAGGAAAAGGGCCAAAGAGAAGAAGGAUCGUGAAGAGGCGGCUGCCUGGGAAGAAGCUGAAAAACUCAGAAAACAAGAAUUGAAGGACGAGGAAACGGCAAGAGGUAAGGGUGAAGCUGAUGAAAAGAAAAAGGAGGAGGAGAGGAAAAGAGAUGAAUUAGCCAAAGCAGACAAAGCCGAGAAGGAGAGAAAGGAGAGAGAGAAAAGAGAGAUGGCCCUCAGAGAUCAGAUUAAUAGGGAGAGAGAAGAGAAAGAAAAAGCCGCUCAAAUCGCUAGGGAUAAAAUUGCUAAAGAUUUGAAAGAUAAGGAAGAUAAGAAAAAGCCAGGUGCACCGAUUGAUGUUGGAGAUAUUUUGAACAAGAUCAAAGAUGGUCUCCUGACAAAAGCUGCAGCGGUCACUACUUCAUUAGAUGAUCUCCUGGCUGAAACUAAACGGGUCACUCCUGCGCCUGGAGGGGUCACUCCUUCCACGCCGGGGGGUAAGGGUGAGGACAAGCCUGCGGAAAAACCACCUGCGGAUAAGGGCGAGGACAAGCCUGCGGAAAAACCACCUGUGGGUAAGGGCGAGGACAAGCCUGGGGAAAAACCACCUGCGGAUAAGGGCGAGGACAAGCCUACGGGUAAGGGCGAGGACAAGCCUGGGGAAAAACCAACUGCGGAGCAAAAAGCAGAAGCUGAGAAGAAACGUGCAGAAAUGCAGAAGAAAGCUCAACAGGAGGCAGAUGAGAAAAGGAGAAGGGACAAAAUCGAAAAGGAUAAGAAUGAUGAAAUCGAACGGAAAGAGCGUGAACGGGUGGAAAAAGAACAGGCUCAGGAGGCACUUAAACAGAAAAAACUUGCGGAUGAACGUAAAGCUAAAGAGGAUAAAGAUAAGAAGGAAAAGAUGAAGAAGCAGAAAGAACGCGAAGAAAAUGAACGCCUAAAGCGAGAGAAGAAAGAUGAGCUAGAUCGAUUGGCAAAUGAAGAAAUUGAUCGUUUGCAGAAGGAUCUUGCACAAAAUGAACUUCAGCAGAAAGAAAACGAGAAGAAGAAACGUCAGGAGCAGGAGAAGAAAGAUGAAGAAGAUCGAUUGAUAGCUGAAAAAGCUAAGAAGCAAAAGGAGAAAGAUCGAGUAGAAAGGGAAGAACGUGAGCGGGAAGAACGAUUGGCACGCGAUCACAUUGAGAAGAAACGGAAGGAAAGAGGAGAGGUUGAAACAUCAGUGACAGUAGAAAACCUCGAGUCAGAAGCUCAAAAUCCUGAACUCAGAAAGGAGAGAAAGGAACGUGAGAAGAAAGAGCAGGAUAAAAAGGAUCAAGAAGAAGCUGCUGCACUUGCAAAAAGGGCUCAAGGAGGUGGACUUUUCCAAAGCAUCGCCGGCAGAUUCAAUUUUCCCGAUCUCUCCUGGUUGAGCUUCAGAGGUCCUACACACUUGCAAGGGAGAGCGGGAACCGUAGCUCCCGAUGUUCCGUCUCCAUCUACUCGUACUCCUGUCCCGGCUGACUACGAAUUGGCCCCUGUAGAUAUAGCUUGGAUGCACGCUUAUGCUUCCGAGUCUCCUGAGCGCAGAAAGAUUAGUCUCAAUCUUACGAUUUUCACUUCUGCGAAACAACAUUUUCCGGGUGCGGCGCCACCGCAUUAUUUGGUAUGUCAUGAUAUUCCGAUACUGUGGAAUGUGUCGCAGUUGAAACGACAUCUUUCGGCGAUCGUGCAAAAGGCGAAGGUGGGAGAGAGGAAAAUGGUGAAGCUGAGGAUUGAGAGGAGGUGGUUGAAGAAUGGGAGUAGGACGUUGUUGGACGAGGGAUUUAGGGAUUGGGAAAGUGUCGUGGUGAUUAUGGUGGAGAAGGGUGAGAAUGUGAAGGAGGGGGAUUGGAAAGAGUGUGUUAGGGAGGCGGAUGGAUUGGCGGGGUGGAUAGAGGGCUGGCCUGGCAAGGGAGCGCUGAGGAUGCCGGGGGAUAGGAAGCUUUGGUUGGCGGAGGCGUUCGAGGGGGUUUUUGAGAGUCCGGCUUUUGGGAAGUAG